GACAACCCAUGGUCUUGUAGAUACCAAGGCCUAUUGAAAUAAGAAAUCCACCUUAUAUUAACAGCAAUACUUGACAACCUGUUAUCAAUUCGUUAGGAUUUUCGCUGAGUGCAUGAAAUAUCGGUUUGAAAUUUGAUUUGGUAUUUGUGGAUUUCAGAACUGGUGAAGACAGUCCUGUUUGAGUGUUGUGUCACUAUAUUCUGGACUAUUCUGUGGUCUAUUCAGAUCAUCAUUAAGACUUUAUUUGGUAUACAUAUUCGGCCUUCUGCUUGAGAAUCAUCAACAGAUAUGAAGCUUGUAAUCCAGCUCAUUUGUUUCCUUGGGAUGCUUUGGGCUGCAACAGCAGCCUGUCCAGCAGAAUGUGUUUGUAGUUCAGUCAGAUAUGACUGUGUCAAUCAAACAGAGGCUCAACUGGCAGCAGCAAUCGCUGAGUUGAGCAAAACUCCAACAGUUUUGACGCUGAACCUUACAAGUUAUUUGCCAACCACCUUAAAGGCCGAAGCUUUUAAGAAUGCAUCCCAACUUACAAUGCUCUUGAUAAGUGGAGACACGAAGUUAACUUCAGUCGCGGCAGAUGCCUUCAAAGGCUUGACGAAGCUUACAUCGCUGACUAUCCGUGGAAGCCGAAUGACGACGCUACCGCCAAUGGUUUUCCAGCCACUAAACGAAACCCUGACCAUGCUCCAACUUGACCAAAACAAGAUGACCACCCUCCCUGAUGAAAUCUUCAAGGACCUAUCAAAGCUGACAGCGUUGACCUUGGAUCAAAAUCAACUUGUUUCACUGAAGAAGGACCAUUUUGAACCGGUCAAGACUGCUACUAUCAGCGUCAAGACAAACCCCUAUGACUGCGCCUGCGCCAGCAACAAGGAGUUGGGCAAAUGGAUAAUGACGGAAAAACUGAACAUCAGCAUCCAAUGCAAACUGCCUGCAGCUCUCAACAACAGUAUACUCGGAAUGAAGAAGUGGAUGGAGACAUGCAUAAUGCCGACAACACCGAAAGCAGAACCCACACCCACACCUGAGCCGGAACCAGGAUUCCCUGACUGGGCACUUGUCAUCAUCAUCGCGGUUUGCUGCGCCAUCAUCCUGAUCGUCAUAGGUAUCUUCUGCCAGCGUGCUAAGAGAAGGGACUUUGAGGAAAAGAAGCGAUUAGAGGCGAGGAACGGGAUGCACCAAGCUGGACACAUCUAUGAUAAUCAGGGAUAUAUGACAGGCUAAGUUUAUGACAAACCAAGACAGAACAACGGUGUCGUUCUGAAGACCGAAUUCAGAGAAGCGAAACUACCGAUGUCAGGUUUCAAAGUCAGCAGGUCACACAAGCGAUUGGUCUUCAGCCACGACAACAAAAACGCCUGCAGGUUGGGGGCUUUCCAGUGCAAAAGACCAAUUACGAGUGUGAUCUGGUAAUGUUAAAAUCCUACGAGGAUGUUUCGUGUUUAUCAUGUACCAAAAAACGAUGAUUAAUAGGCCGAAAUCUAUGACCAUUAUGAUGUAAGCAAUGUCAUGCAUGGCGUCGGUGAUGCUGAGCCAAACAGAGAGUUAGCCAAGGCGUUGAGACAACUCCCAUUACGUCACAGUGUCUUUCACAUCUUCGAGCUACGCCAAGAAUCUGUUGGGCUCAAUGCAGCAAAGUUUGGAAACACCAGAAAUCACAUUCGGAAAUACAGGCACACCGAUCACCCUCACAUGGGUGGCCCAGAUGGAUUAAGUUUUACCUAUAUCAUUGAGACUACACAAGGGAUUGUUGUGAAAACAAUCACAAACGCUUAUGCAGUGGCAAUCAAUGGAUUACAGCGGCCCGGCUUUUCAGACUUUUUUUUUCCUGUGGAAAUUGUCUUUUUUGCACAGCGAUCCCAGAUCACCACAAUCACUGGAGUAUAACAUGGGGUGGACUGUGCUUAAAUAGACAAAUUAAAGCAAAACUCAAUUUACUAAAUUCACUGUUUUACCGGACUUACAUCACAUGGAACUUAUAGAUGG